GGAACAGAAAUAGAUGAACUGGUUUUACUAAUUAGAUAUAGCAAUAGACUGAACCUGAAUUUUCAGUGUGAAACAAAAUCUAACCUGAGACAAGAGCAUAACGGAGAAGCGGCAGCUAUAGACUCGCUCCAUAAUACAGGAAAAAAAAAACAAAAAUAGAAAAUAUUUUCCUGGUUAGGUGAAAAUUCUUAGUAUUACUUUGUAAAAAGAAAAACCCAAAUCAAAAAACUAUCAGAAAUGGCUGCACUCCUAUUUCAGUAUAUAUUUAUAGUUACAUUUCUUCUGUGUAUACCAAUAUGCCAUGGUUGCUUACUUGAGGCAAAAGUCAACUAUUUGGAAUGCAAAGCUUUCUUUACGGAAUUCUCUAAUAUUAAUGAGUUAAGAGAUAAACUCGAUUAUAUAUGCAGUGACAAAAUAAGUGACAAACAAAAGAUUCUUGAUUGCCAACGUAAUGCAACAAAUGCGUGUGACGAAUUUUCCGAACGAGACUUUCUUAACGGAACUGAUGUCGAUAUUUAUGAUGAACUUAACAAAAAAUUUUGUGAACGCAAAGAAGAUGUACAUUACAGCCUCCCGUGUUAUGAGAAAAAUAAAGUGAACUUUAAUUUAUCUGUCUUCACCGAGGAGUUACAUAAAAUGAGACAGGACAAUAAUGUGACAACACUGCUAACUGCAUGUGGGAUAUGGCCAUUCUUUAUUGAAAAUGUACUGAAGCAACCUUUAAGCAACUGUUCAGAGACACUGGCUGCUGUAUUUCAUGAAUAUAUGACUGACCAACUUCCGAAGAGAUGUGAAGUAAUCAAGAACAAUGGCAGCUACACAACUGUUGACUAUGGCAGCAGCACAACUGUUGACUAUGGCAGUAAAACGACUGAACAUGGUAGGGACACAACUAUUGGCUAUGGCAGUAACAAAACCAAUGCAAAACUUCGAAGUGGAACAAAUGAAGGACCGAGAGCAGUUUCAAAUAUUUAUCUCAGUUGGUUAUUAAUUCUAAGUAUUCUUUUUGCUACUAGCUAAAGAAAACGUACCAACUUAUUCAAAAUAUAUUAUACUAUAAGACUAUGAAAUAUAUUCUAUGAAAAACAACAUUAUUAAUUAUUAUUAUUAUUAAUUAUUAUUAUUAUUAUUAUUAUUAUUAUUAUUAUUAUUAUUAUUAUUAUUAUUAUUAUUAUUAUUAUUAUUAUUAUUAUCAUCAUCAUCAUUAUCAUUAUUUACUUUUAAUCUGCAUGUUUGUUACAAUCACUUGCUGAGACACACACACAACGUCCUAGGGUGGGUGAAGGAUAAUGUGUACUACAGUAUGACUGAACGCUUAGAGUGGGGAAGUGGCAGGGGCAGUAGAGAAAUAUCUUUAUGUAAUAAAACACAGACAUUUAAAAGGAUGUUGGCAAUAUUUGUCAGCAAUCUUUUGGAUUUCUCUGAGACAUGGUUCUCCUGAGAUAUCAUCUAGAUGUUUCUGACAUCCCUUUUAUAUCAUACUUAAGGCACCCACAAUAACAGGAACAGCUCUCGAUUUAAGAUGCCAUGUGUUUUAAAUUCCAGGUUCAUAUGUUUACUUAAUUUAUUAAAUUCCUUUACAGAUAUAUUUUAUUACUGGGAACACUUACAUCUAUUAGUCUGCAAGUAUUUUCUUCCCUGUCUUUAAUGACUAUAAUUAUCCGGUCGAUUAGCUUGGAUCUUCUAUCCCAGAGGAUAGUGACAUUUUUAUAUUAAACGACUGGCGCAGGAUGUUCAUACCAGUAGCAGGUGUACUGAUUUUGUAGUGUUACCACAUUUUCCAAUGUAAAUACUGUCCUACCCUAUCGUGGCGAAUUUUUGAUUCACUUGGUGUCAGCACAGCACAUCCCGAGACGAGGUGGUCUAUUGUUCCGUCAAACGUAUCGCAGAAUCUGCAUUUAAGAUCAGAACCGUUUUGAAGGACGUUAGCCUUGUAGUUUUUGGUAAACAAACUUUGAUCUGGUGCCGCCAAUAUGAAAAUUUCGUGGGGUCUCCAUGAGUUGCCCAGUGUUGCUUGCCUCCUUUAAGCAUUUUCUUUGUUAUAUUUUUCAAUGUUAUUGACUUUUUUUACAUGACAUUUUAUGUAACCUCACUUUGUCCUUCAUGUUGUGUAAUGUCCAAUCUUAUAUUUGUCGGCCCUUGUGGUUAGCAAAAAGAUUAUUAUUAUUAUUAUUAUUAUUAUUAUUAUUAUUAUUAUGAUUAUUAUUAUGAUUAUGAUGAUUAUUAUUAUUAUUGUUGUUGUUGUUGUUUUCAUCUCCGUAUGUGAUAUUUUGUUCAGUAGUAUGCCGAAUCAUUACACGUGAGGUACGGCAACAGAAAAUAUAUGAUUAGUUUCCACUACUUGAAUAACAUGAGCUUCCUCCACUGAACGUUAUACAUUACACCAGAAAUGUUACAACUUUAAUAAAAAAAAAGUUUAAUACGUUUAAUAAAUUUGUAAAAUGGUAAUAGAAAUAAAGACUUAAAACUGUAACUAUAAAA